AUGGCGUCCGACACUGAACCCGACAGCAAGAGCCCAAUCCUCGCAGAACGUGGCCAGGAAUCGGCACCGCCCUGGUCCUACGCGCACCUGGAGCUCUUCGCGGACGGCCCGCAGGAUAUCGUGCUCGAUGAAAUCACGGUAAAGCUGUACUGCACUGAUGCGCUGACUCAGUUCCUGGGCCUCACUGGACAAGCCAUCUCAGUCGACAUCCUCAAAGCCCAAGGUUCGUCGUGCUGGCUCCGACUCCCCCCCGAGGACAUGUCGCGCUUCGCAGCAGCCAUCACUGCGUAUGGGGGGAAACGCGAAGGCGACACGCGGUACAUCUUACGCAUCAAGAGACCUUCGGACCGGCUGGGCGUCCUGGUCGGAAGGCAGAGCGAAGAUGACCUUGUCAGGAGCUGA